AUGAUUCACUUUGUGCUUCUGAUUAGUCGACAAGGAAAAGUGAGGCUCACAAAAUGGUAUUCACCGUAUUCUCAAAAGGAAAGAUCCAAGGCACUUAGAGAGUUAAGUGGCCUAGUUAUCUCUCGAGGCCCAAAGCUAUGCAACUUUGUGGAGUGGAGGGGACUCAAAGUUGUUUAUAAAAGAUAUGCUAGUCUUUACUUUUGCAUAUGCAAUGAUCAAGAAGACAAUGAAUUGGAGACACUUUCCAUUAUUCAUCACUAUGUUGAGACAUUGGAUCGCUAUUUUGGCAGUGUUUGUGAGCUAGAUUUAAUCUUUAAUUUCCAUAAGGCAUAUUUUAUAUUGGAUGAAGUUUUGUUGGCUGGAAUGAUGCAAGAGACCAGCAAGAGAACAACUCUUAGACUCAUAGCUGCACAGGAGGAGUUAGUGGAAGCUGCAAAAGAAGAGGCUAGUUCAUUGAGUAAUAUAAUUGCACAAGCCACUAAAUAA